GUUUCCGCUCAUGCCUCAUGAGGCUUCAGCCUCGCGAGCGCCUCGAGUUCAAGCAAGCAGAUCGGAAUGGCAUUCGUGGAAGUUCAGCGCCAGAAGAGCGCCUCAUUAUUGGCCAUCGGAGUCGGACGGCCCGACGUCCCCUGCAGCAUCUGAACAUUCUCACAACGAGGGUUAAUCGGUAGAGGUGUUGCCAGACGCAAUUCACAGCGUCGUGUUUGAAGAGCUUCAUGAUCUCAUGCUUCACGUUUACCACAAAGAAUGGCGGUCAUUCUCCUUCCAUUGUUGCUUCUCGUCCGGGCGUGGCAGGUCUCUUGCAUAGAUGCAGGUUCCUUCUUGCAGGCAGGUGACUCAGCGAUUGCGAGAGGGGAAUGGACCGCCGCCAUACAGCAUUACAGCGCUUUUAUAGAUGCGGAUCCAAACACGGCGCUGGGUUACACCAAGCGAGCAGCAGCCCUGCUGCACCAGCGGAAGAACGGCGAUGCGCUCAAGGAUCUAGAUAAAGCCGUCACUGUGGACACAAGUUUUGUGCAGGGGUUUCUGCAUCGGGGCAAGCUGUUGCGGCAGGUUGGGAGAUUCGAUGAAGCCAUCCGAGACUUCACUCAAGUGUUGUCAUUGCGGCCCGGCCACAAGGGCGCUUCUCAAGCGCUCUCCGAAACGGACGAGGCGCAAAAGAGCCUGGGCUAUGCAGCAAUCUUUCUCGACCGGGGAGACGCGGAGUCUGCACUGGGGCACCUGGAUCGAGUUACGCUCGAGUACGCGCCGGAGUGCGUCGAGGCCUUGAUGAUGAAGUCGCGCAUCCUCUACGACAGACGCGACUUCGACGGGGUAGUGACCGAGAUCGGGAAGGUACUAAAGGUGGAGGAGAACCAUCUCGAGGCGCUCCUGCUGCGCGGACGGGGCUACUUCUACUUGGGCGACCACGAUUUGGCCAUCAGGCACUUUCAGCGGGGCCUCCGCUCCGAUCCCGAGCACUCCGAGUUGAAGAAGGAGUAUCGGAAGGCGAAGCUGCUCGACAAGAGAACAAAGGCCGCAGAGGAAGCAUUUGCCGCAAACAAGUUCCGCGUUGCAAUCGAAGAGUACCAGUCUGCGAUCGAGGUCGAUUCCAAUCACACCCUCCACGUGAAGAAGCUCAGAUUGGGUCUUUGCAAGAGCUUCGUAAAGCUGAGCAAAGGGCAGGAUGCGUUACGGGAGUGUGGGGCGUUCUUGGAAAUGGAGGAGGGAAGUCUAGAGGGUUUGUUGCAGCGGGCUGAGGCUAGGCUGCUCGUGGAAGAUUUUGACGGCGCGGUCGCGGAUUACAAGGCGGCCGUGCAGAAGAACCCGCAGGACCACGGGCUGAGGCAGGCGCUUAUGAACGCGGAGCAAAAGCUGAAGAUCAGCAAACGGAAGGACUAUUAUAAGAUACUCGGGUUGAGUAAAAUCGCGAGUGCGGUGGAUAUCAAAAAGGCGUAUAAGCGGCUGGCGAUCCAGUACCAUCCAGAUAAGAACCCCGGCCAGCAAGAGGAGGCGUCGAGAAAGUUUCAAGAGGUGGCGGAAGCGUACGAGGUCUUGGGCGAUGAGGAGAAGAAAGGACGGUACGACCGAGGGGAGGACUUAGAGCCGCAACAAGGGCACCCUGGGGGACCGUUUGGCGGACCCUUCGGUGGGCCAUUCGGAGGCGGUGGCGGUCAGCAAUUCCAUUUCCAAUGGGGCUGAUUACGGUCGCACAUUUGACUUCCUGUGUGCUCUAGUUACUCUCACUUGUCUUGUUACACGAAAGUCGAUUGAGACAUUCUCUGAAUGGACUGCCUUCGGAAGUACGAGGAUUCGCUGGACAAGGGGAUGCGUGUUGGCACUAGCGAUGAGCUUGUGCCGACACAAAACAAAUUCAAAAAAUAUUUGAAUGAAAUGGUUCGACUUGCUGGGUCAAUCGGA